AUGUUGUCCAACGUGAUCACAGCACUAAAAGCCCCUCACAUCGACAUAGUCGAGGCAACCCUUCCAGCCAUCCGAGCGUCGACCAUAGUUGAAUUCGUACCCCAAACAAAGGCCUACAGAAACCAGGAGGCCCUUGUCGACCGCAUUGCAGAGAUCAUUGCCUCAUAUCGCAUCUGCGGACCUGAUGACCGCUACGAAGAUAUAUACAAGCCCCGACUUCUCGAAAACCUGCGGUAUUUCGUCUCGAACAGCAAUGAGAUCAACUUCGUGGUUCCCGCAUACCCGUUCAAAAGUCCAAACCAUGAAGAUAAAGUCCUAGGACCGGACCCAGACGUUGGCGAGCGCUUGUCUCUCGAACAUCUGAACUCGCUCGGUGCCAGAAUCACCCAGAUCUACCCAGGAGGUGCCCAGAUCACUAUCGUCAGUGAUGGCUGCUGCUACAACGAUCUGCUGGGUGUAUCCGAUGAGGAAACAUAUCGGUAUACCGAAGGUCUGCACAGAAUCGUCGACAGACUGGGUCUACGCCAUAUCCGCUUCGCAGACCCAUUUGAUCUUCUCGAUGGUGCACCCAGCGUGCCCGUCAGCGAGGAAGAAUAUGUUUCUCGCAUCGAUGAUCUGAAAGAACGUCUGUUCAAAGACUGUUCCGGCGAGAAACCCCAAACGCUGGAUCACAAUGCCACCCUCACGUAUCGAGGGUACAUCAAGUUCUUGAUGUCCGAUCUGGCGACCUUCUACCAGGAGAAGAAGAUGAGCAAGAGCGCCAUCAAGAAGCACUCUGCAGUCGUAGCUCGUGCCAUGAUCGAGCGUGGCCAGGUCUUCUCAGCUCUCGUCGCGGCUGCGUCUCCUCCUCAUGUUCGUCUUUCCAUCCACGCGGGUGACAACACGAACAAGCUCUCUGUGGCCUUACUGCCCCAGAAGCGAUAUAGUAACUUCCCCGUGACACCGUGGCACAACACCCCCUGUCUAGAGGCGGACCAGUCGUCUGUUAGUCUAGGACGCAAGCCCAGCACGGCUACCAACGGAGCACCCUCCUAUCGAAUCUGCCACGACGAUCUGGGACUACAGUUCUUAUGCGCUGAUGUCCCCAUGUACGGCGUAAUUGAAAGCGACCACCAGCCCGAGCUGCAUCCACUAUAUCCAUUUGGGCUGAAGGUUCGUGUCCCACGCGACCUGCCAAUGACAAGAAUGCGGCUGGACAGGGUCGCCGAGUUGGCUCGGGUCCAGUCACCAAUUCUGUUCGAAGGCUUGGACUCCUUGCAGUAUACCGCCGAGACCGGCGAGGAGUUCCAGCGUGUCGCUGGGCGUGGAUUGUCGCUGAGUCUUCUUCAUGAAGGCGUUGCUGCAGUUUCGGCUGUCGCAUCAUACUUCGUGCAGAUCCCUGCUGAGCGGGAGGAUGGUGAUGCUCUUGUGCCGUUUGUUGAGGCAGCAGCUGCGCUGGACGAUGUUCGCCUUCGUGUUUUGCAUCGCUGGCAGGCAGGUGAUGCUGUGGUUUGUGACCAUCGCAUUGUUCUUCCUGUUCAUCUUAGUCCCUCUUUCUUGAGGGUUCUCCGUGGUGACUGA